UGGCAGGGUCACCCAUGGCAAACAGGUUCUAGGUGAGGGGCCAGACAAAGCAUGGCUCAUAGACCCUUAUGAUGACUACAAUAUAUGGACCAAGGUUUCCCUUGCCCGGACGCGGGUCACCGGGGCCCCACUCUGGAGCCAGGCCUGGAGGUGGGGCUCGUUGGCAAGCGCCUGGUGGCCGGGCCUACACCCAUGGGGCCCGGCCGGGCACAGCCCGAAGAGGCAACGUGGGUCCCCCUUCCCAUGGGCUCACCACCCAUGAGAGGGGCCAAAGGGGUCGGGUGCUAUGUGAGCUGGGCGGCAGCCAAAGACGGGGACCCUGGCGGUCCGAUCCUCGGCUGCAGAAGCUAGCUCUUGGGACAUGGAAUGUCACCUCUCUGGCAGGGAAGGAGCCCGAGCUGGUGUGUGAGGCAGAGAAUUUCCGACUGGAUAUAGUCGGACUUGCCUCCACACACAGCUUGGGUUCUGGUACCAGUUCUCUCGAGAGGGGUUGGACCCUCUUCCACUCUGGAGUUGCUCACGGUGAGAGGCGCAGAGCAGGUGUGGGCAUACUCAUUGCCCCCCGGCUCAGUGCCUGUACAUUGGGGUUCACACCGGUAGACGAGAGGGUUGCCUCCCUCCGCCUUCGGGUGGGUGGACGGGUCCUGACUGUUGUUUGUUCAUAUGCACCAAACAGCAGCUCAGCAUACCCACCCUUUUUGGAGUCCUUGGAGGGUGUGCUGGAGAGUACUCCUGCUGGGGACUCCCUUGUUCUGCUGGGGGACUUCAAUGCUCACGUGGGCAAUGACAGUGAGACUUGGAGGGGCGUGAUUGGGAGGAACGGCCCCCCCCGAUCAGAACUCGAGUGGUGUUUUGUUAUUGGACUUCUGUGCUCGCCACGGAUUGUCCAUAACGAACACCUUGUUCAAACAUAAGGGUGUCCAUAUGUGCACUUGGCACCAGGACACCCUAGGCCGCAGUUCGAUGAUCGACUUUGUAGUUGUAUCAUCGGAUUUGCGGCCGCAUGUUCUGGACACUCGGGUGAAGAGAGGGGCGGAGCUGUCAACUGAUCACCACCUGGUGGUGAGUAGGCUCCGAUGGUGGGGGAAGAUGCCGGUCCGUCCUGGCAGACCCAAACGUAUAGUGAGGGUUUGUUGGGAGCGUCUGGCGGAAUCCCCUGUCAGAAGGAGUUUCAACUCCCACCUUCGACAGAGCUUUUCCCAUGUUCCGGGGGAGGCGGGGGACAUUGAGCCCGAGUGGACCGUGUUCCGUGCCUCUAUUGUUGAGGCGGCCAAUCUGAGUUGUGGCCGUAAGGUGGUUGGUGCCUGUCGAGGCGGCAACCCCCGUACUCGCUGGUGGACACCAGCAGUAAGGGAUGCCGUCAAGCUGAAGAAGGAGUCCUAUCGAGCCUUUAUGGCCUGUGGGACCCCAGAGGCAGCUGACGGGUAUCGACUGGCCAAGCGGACCGCGGCUUCGGUGGUCGCCGAGGCAAAAACCCGAGCGUGGGAAGAGUUCGGUGAGGCCAUGGAAGCCGACUUCCGGACAGCUUCGAGGAAAUUCUGGUCCACCAUCCGACGUCUCAGGAGGGGGAAGCAGUGCACCACUAACACUGUGUACAGUGGGGAUGGGGCGCUGCUGACUUCGACUCGGGACGUUGUGAACCGGUGGGCAGAGUACUUCGAAGACCUCCUCAACUCCACCAACACGCCUUCCUUGGAGGAAGCAGAGCCCGGGGACUCUGAGGUGGGCUCUCCUAUCUCUGUGGUUGAAGUCACCGAUGUGGUUAAAAAGCUCCUCGGUGGCAAGGCCCCAGGGGUGGAUGAGAUCCGCCCGGAGUUCCUCAAGGCUCUGGAUGUUGUGGGGCUGUCCUGGUUGACACGCCUCUGCAACAUCGCGUGGUCAACAGGGAGAGUGCCUCUGGAUUGGCAGA